AUGUCUGACAGAAAAACUAAAAGACUGUCAGGUUAUCAAAAGAAGAAAGCUAGGCUUGAAGAACAGCAACAACAAAGCGGUGCCUUAGAAAAAUAUUUGAAAACUGGAAGUGAUAAUAGUGAUAUUAAAAGUGACAAUUCAACAACAGAAAUUUCAAGAAAUGAAUUGUACGUUUACUUCUCAGCAUCAAAUUAUAGAUGGAGUAUUUUAUUAGCGCAUAUUCCAAAACUUACAUUAAAGCCAUUAUCAGAUACAAGAUGGGAAAGUCGUAUAGAAGCAAUCACACCACUUAAAACACAAUUAGGUGAAAUAUAUGAUGCUCUAGCAGAAUUAAAAGAUGAUGAAACUAGGGAUAUAAUUACGAGAACUUUGGCAAAUUCACUGGCCGAAGCCCUAGAAAACCUAGAAAAUUUAAAAGACUACUUUGUUGAAAUAAGAUGUGACGAACAUUUCAAAAUAUUUAUGGAUGCUGCAAAGCAAAUUGCUGCCGAAGUUGAACUAGAAGCAGAAUUUCCUCCUCCAGCAGCAAAACGCAUUGGAAGAAGAAAAAGAAAUUUUGAUUACGAACACGAGGAUGAAAGCAUUUUAGAUCCAGAGAGCUCUUUUAAAGUCAACUUUUACUUUAAAAUUUUGGAUGCAACAAUUGGGGCUAUAAAUGAGAGAUUUCAAUUAUUAUACCAACAUAUUAACAUCUUUAAAAUUUUAUAUAAUAUACACGAAUAUGGCGACCUUAAAGACAAUGAACUGAAAGCCCACUGUGCCGAAGCGGAACUAGCCUUGACAGACAAGAAGCUAAAUCAUAGCGACAUUAACGGGGCGGAAUUAUUCGAAGGAAAUUAA